AUGGCAUUGAGUUCUGGCUUCGGAAUUGUUCUUACAUUGUUCUUGUUUUUUCGUGUUUCUGAAGCUAACGGUAUUUCUUUACCACCAAAGUUCUUCAAUGUGUUGAACUAUGGUGCAGUUGCAGAUGGAAAGACGGAUAAUUCUCAGGAAUUUCUUAAAGCAUGGAAAAGUGCAUGUGAAUAUGGUGGGAGAAGUAGGGUUUUAGUCCCUCUUGGGACUUUUAUGCUGGGAUCUGUGACCUUCCAAGGAGUGUGCAAGGGAUCUAUGGAGUUUUUAAUUAAAGGGACUCUUAUGGCCGCGACCAAUAGUUCGAACUUCUUCACUAACACGUGGAUUGGUUUUCAAUAUCUCAAUGAUUUAACUGUGGAAGGUGGUGGAUCUUUGGAUGGCCAAGGAUCUGCUGCUUGGGGUUUUAACGAUUGUGUAGAGAAUUCGCAAUGUCCAUCUCUACCAGCUGGUCAAUCGAUAUCAGGAGUUCAGAUAAAGAAUGUGACAUUCAGAAACAUUUGGGGCACUUCGAGUUCAAAAGUUGCAGUGAAUUUAGACUGCAGUAAAAGAGUGCCUUGUCGGAAAAUCGAGUUUGUAGACAAAAAAUUAGUUCACAAUGGAGCAGAAGGACCUGCAACUUCUCAAUGUGCUAAUGUCAUUGAUUCUUCUUAUGCCAAGCAGAUGCCUCCUGGUUGUGUAUAG